ACUAGGGCGGAAUGCGCGAUAUAUGCGCAAUAAUCGAAGAAUUUCUUCUUCCUCCUCUUUCUUGCUUUCCCUCCAUCCUAAAACCCUAACCCACUGUCCAACACGACCAAACCAAAACCUCUGUAUCUGUCUCUCUCUCUCUCUCUCUCUGUGCAUAUGUCAUCUGUUCUGAGGAUGAAGACUCUCAUCUCCCCAACCUUCGCGGCAUUCUCCCCUCGCCUGUCCAGACCCACCUUCUCUCUUCCCCUCUCCUCCUUCUCAUCCUCUAAAGCGUCCAUCUUCGCCCUUAAAAAUUCGAACUUCCGCGGUCUCCGGCCCAAACCAUGCCCGGACAACCCCCCCAUUCGCUGCCUCCAUCGGAGCUCGCAAAUGGGUGCUCCGCGCUCGCCUUCUUCCGGCGAGAUUCACGUCAUCGUGGGUCCCAUGUUCGCCGGGAAGACCACCGGCCUUCUCCGGAGGAUCGAGUUGGAGAGCAGCAGUGGGAGCUUACAGGUUGAUCCCCGAAAGGACUUUCUCCAGCUGGAAAAAACAUUGAGGGGUCUUUGUUAUUGUGGAAGGCUGACAGAAUCUGUCAGGCUCCUCUGUAAUACCGGGGUUCAGGUGCAUCCAGCAACAUAUGCUCUUCUGGUGCAAGAAUGUAUAUACAGCAAAGCAUAUGAGAGUGGAAGGAUAGUCCAUGCCCAAAUGUUGGUUGUUGGAUAUGUUCCAGAUGAAUAUAUGAAGACUAAAUUGCUGAUAUUGUACACUAAGCUGGGAGAUCUGAAUACUGCAAACACAUUGUUCAGCAAGUUAAACAGUAAAAGCUUGAUUUCUUGGAAUGCCAUGAUAGCAGGGUAUGUGCAAAAGGGCGGUUUGGAAAUUGGCUUGAAUCUUUAUUAUGAGGUGAGAAGCAAUGGCUUGAUUCCGGAUCAAUAUACCUUUGCAUCAGUUUUUCGAGCGUGUGCGUCAUUAGCAACAUUGGAACAUGGGAAGCGAGUGCAUUCUGUUAUGAUAAAGAGUCAUGUAAAGGAAAAUGUUGUAGUUAGUAGUGCACUCAUUGAUAUGUACUUCAAAUGCAGUAGUCUAUCUGAUGGACACAGAGUGUUUGAUAGAUCUAUGGAGAGAAAUGUUGUGACUUGGACUGCUUUGAUAUCUGGAUAUGGCCAACAUGGUAAAGUAAUGAAAGUUUUGGAUUCCUUUCAAAAGAUGCUAGAUGAAGGGUUUAAGCCAAAUUAUGUUACGUUUCUUGCAGUACUUUCUGCAUGCAGCCAUGGAGGUUUGGUAGAUGAAGGUCGGGGAUACUUCAACUUGAUGGCUAAACAGUAUGGCAUUCAACCUAGAGGGCAACAUUAUGCCAUUAUGGUGGAUAUUUUAGGCCGUGCUGGUAGGUUGGGAGAGGCUUAUGCGUUAGUUUUGAACUCUCCCUAUGUUGAGCACCCAGUAGUAUGGGGGUCUCUUCUUGGGGCUUGUAGGACUCAUGGAAACAUGGACCUCUUAAGAAUUGCAGCUAAAAGAUAUCUAGAGUUAGAACCAGAAAAUGCUGGAAAAUAUGUUGUCUUAGCUAAUGGCUAUGCUACCUUUGGUUUAUGGGAUAAGGUCGCAGAGGUUUGGGAAGUAAUGAAGAAUACAGGCAUGACGAAAGAGCCUGCUUAUAGCAGAAUUGAAGUGAAAGAGAAGAUGCAUAUUUUCCACAAGGGUGACCGCUCUCAUGAGACAUCCAGAGAGAUUUGUGAGAUGAUUAAACAAGUGACAUGCAUCUUGAAGGAUAUUGGAUUUGUUCCUGACUUGGAUGGUAAUUAACUAAGGGAGAAGGAGCUUAUAAUUCUGUAUCAUGCUUUCUGCUCCCCAUGCUGGUGGGGGUGUAUCGGCAACGGAGUUUUUUAGGGAAAUGUUGCAGAUCGCGAGGGAUGAGGGGGUGCGUUCAAAAUUUAUCGGCUGAUGGUUGAUUAUACUUGGUCAUUGCAUUUUCAGUCAAUGUCAAGAGCUUUUUGAUGUCCAGUCUUGUUUUGCAUAUGGAGUUAUUUUAUCAUCCAAAUACUCUGCCAUCAACUUGGCCUUAGCAGAUUGACUAACAUGCAGUGCCGAUGUGGUGUGGAUGUAAAGUGCUCAGAGUGCACCCAUAUAUAUACAAAGUAGUUUCCAUUCACUACAUCAACGUAGUUUUUUGGAUUCUCAGUGGAUUUUUUUAUCAUAAACCCAACAACUAGGUGCGUCUACCUAAGUUGUACACUUACUAUGCUCUUAAUGUUUAUGGGAAUUCAGAACGAAUUCUAAUAUCUCAACAUGCAUUGGUGCAA